GAUCUUCAGGAUGACAUUGGGAGGCAGCAAGCUGUUGUCAGAACUUUGAACAUAGAUGGGGAUGAGAUUAUUGAGCAAUCAUCAGCAACAGAUGCCAGCAUUUUAAGAGAAAAAUUGGACAGCUUGAAUUUCCGAUGGAAGGAAGUCUGCAGGCAGUUGGCAGAGAGAAAAAAGAGAUUUGAUGAGGAGGAGCAUCUUCUGGCAGAAUUACAGCAUAACUUCAAUAAAUUUAUUUUAUGGUUAAACGAAGCCAGCAAUAUUGUCACCAUUCCAGUUGAGCCAGGAAAUGAAUAUCAGUUAAAAGACACCCUUCAAAAAGUAAAGUUAAAAGUGGAAGAAUUGCCUCCACACAAGGGAAUACUGAACCAAUUAAAUGAAGCUGGAGGAAAAGCACUCAGUAGUGCAUCACUGAGCCCUGAAGUAAAACAUAGGCUUGACAGUAGACUCAAAGAGGCUAACCAUCGCUGGAUCAAGGUAUCCAAAGAUCUGCCUGAGAAAGAGAAAGAAAUUGAAUGUAUGUUAAAUAACUUGAAUCAGUUUGAACAACAGUUAAGUCAGCUAAGAUUGUGGCUUACUCCCAUCAAGGACCAAUUGGUACUAUACAAUCAAGUGGAUCAAUCUGGAACUUUUGACAUUAAGGAAAUUGAAGCAACUGUAAAAUCUAAACAGCCAGAUGUGGAAGGAAUUUUGUCUAAAGGGCAUCAUUUAUAUAAAGAAAAACCAGCUACUCAACCAGUAACGAAAAAAUUGGAGGACUUAAACACUGACUGGAAAAUAGUAAAUCAUUUAAUCCAAGCACUAAAAGAAAAGCCAGGAUCUGCAGUUCCAGUUGUACCUUUUGGGGUUGAAACUCUAGUAACCAAGGAAACUACCAUCUCCAAACAAGAAAUGCCAUCAUCUUUGCUUCUAGAGGUACCAGCCCUGGCUGAUUUCAAUAAGGCAUGGGCAGAUCUCAAUCACUGGCUUUCUCUGUUGGAUCAAGUGAUAAAAUCCCAGAUAGUUACCGUCGGUGAUGUUGAUGAAAUCAAUGACAUGAUCAUCAAACAAAAGACAACAUUACAAGAUCUGGAACAAAGGCGCCCACAGCUGGAAGAAUUAAUAACAGCAGCCCAGAAUCUGAAAAAUAAAACUAGCAAUCAAGAGGCUCGAACAGUCAUCACUGAUCAAAUUGAAAAAAUACAAAACCAGUGGGAUGAAGUACAAGGUCACAUUCAGAACCGAAGACAACAGUUACAUGAAAUGUUGAAAGAUUCAAGACAAUGGUUGGAAGCAAAGCAAGAAGCUGAGCAAAUAUUAGAAUGUGCCAAAACGAAGGUUGGAACAUGGAAGGAGAUUUCGUAUACAGUGGAAGGACUAAAGAAACAGAAUGCUGAGCUCAAGCAAUUUGCAAAAGAGCUACGGCAAUGGCAUAUAAAUGUGGAUGUAGCAAAUGAUUUGGCUCUUAAACUUCUUCGGGAUUACUCAACUGAUGACACCAGAAAAGUACAAAUAAUGACCAAUAAUAUUAACGAUGCAUGGGCCACCAUUAAUAAUAGAGUUGGAGAGCGAGAGGCCUCACUGGAAGCAGCCCUAAGGCUCUUGCAACAGUUCUAUUUAGAUCUGGAAAAGUUUCUUGCCUGGCUUACAGAAGCAGAAACCACUGCCAAUGUCCUACAGGAUGCCACACGUAAAGAGAGAAUCCUAGAAGAUGCUCAAGGAGUACGGGAGCUCAUGAGGCAAUGGCAGGAGCUUCAGAAAGAAAUUGAAACCCAUACAGACAUCUUCCAUAGCCUGGAUGAAAAUGGACAGAAAAUCUUGAGGUCACUUGAAGGUUCUGAUGAUGGUGCCUUGUUGCAGAGACGCCUGGAUAACAUGAACUUCCGAUGGAGUGAACUUCGGAAAAAAUCUUUAAAUAUCAGGUCUCAUCUAGAAGCCAGUUCUGAUCAGUGGAGACGUCUACAUCUUUCUCUUCAGGAACUUCUGGCAUGGCUGCAGUUGAAAGAAGAUGAGCUAAAGCGACAGACACCAAUUGGUGGUGAUCUUCCCACUGUACAAAAGCAGAAUGAUACCCAUAGGGCCUUUAAGAGGGAAUUAAAAAUGAAAGACCCUGUUGUCUUGAAUGCACUUGAAACAGCCCGAAUGUUCAUAUCUGAGAAGCCUCUGGAAGGACUGGAGAAGUUUUACCAGGAGCCGAGAGAGCUGUCUCCGGGUGAAAGAGCCCAGAAUGUAACUCGACUCCUAAAGAAGCAGGCAGAUGAGGUUAAAACAGAAUGGGAUAAACUGAAUCUACAAUCUGCCGACUGGCAAAAAAAGAUUGAUGAAGCCCUUGAAAGACUACAAGAGCUUCAUGAGGCAAUGGAUGAUUUUGAUCUAAAACUGCGUCAGGCAGAAACUGUCAAAGAGUCUUGGCAGCCAGUUGGAGAUUUGCUCAUUGACUCACUGCAGGAUCAUCUUGAAAAACUGAAGGUCUACCAAGGAGAAAUUGCUCCUCUUAAAGAGAACAUGAACAAUGUUAAUGGCUUAGCUCAUCAGUUUACCUCAUCUGAGAUUCCACUUUCUCCGUAUAUGCUCAGCAGGCUAGAAGACCUGAAUGGAAGAUGGAAACACCUGCAGUUCUACCAAAGCUGGAAGAAAGAGCCUAUCACACCUGUCACAAUGUACAACCAAUCUCCCAAAGUUUUGGCAAUGGAAAUUUAUAACUUUACUAUAAUAAUUCAGGAGGAUUUAGUGCCAUCAGAGAAUAUUGAGCUGAUGUAA